AUGUCUGUUGCUGACGCUGGAUAUCCAAAGGAUGUGCUCAGCGAGACCCGAAAGUAUCAGCGACCAGGCGGCCGGGUGAAAGACUCCAUCACGCCCGCACCCGGGCGUCUGGAUGACUCUGUGGAUGUCCUGGGAGAAACGAAGGUAGUGGAUCGGAGAGCAUUCCCGGGCACAGAUCGAGAUGAUCCGCCAGCGCCUGCUGCACCAAAAGCGCCAGACAUUGCCCCACAUCGUGAGGGGCCAAUCGCCUUCGGGCCAGAUGGCCUGCCCUUGAAGGAAGGGACUACCAUGGAAGAGGAUGAGGAAGGCUACCUGAAGCCAAAGAUGGAGGACCAUCACAAGGUGGAGAUUCACGACCAGGGCUGGUUCCACGCAGAGAGCAAUCGCUACGAGCAGGAGGAACUUGCGAAGAUGCACAUCGUCAGCAUAUGCGAUGCCGUGCGUCAACGGCAGGGAGUUGGACUAUGCCGCGACGGGCGUUGGACCAACAGCCCGCACGAGUUUCCCGACCUGGGCCUCACCGGCACAGUGCUGUCCAAUGCCCUUGUGCCCUUCCCACCCAACGACCAGCAGUAUUACAUCGGCGGCAAGUACGAUCAGGAGGCAUCACUCCUUCGGCCGACAGCUGUUCCCAAUUUCGCGCAUGAUGGACAUGGCUCAAGCACCUGGCUGAGGCUGGUGGACUUCGCCCAGCACGCGGAUGCGGUGCACCUCUUCGACGAGUUCUCCAGCAAGUCCCACUGUGGGCGCAUUUACCAGGGUUCCCUGGACAAUGGCUACUUUGUGGAAGCCUUGCAGGCAAUAUCACUGCGCCCAAAGCUGGUGAAGCAGCUGUUCUAUGCAUGGCAAGCGCGCAGGUCCGUCUACAUAGCGAGACUGUACAAACAUGGAACUUGGAUGCGAGUUGAAGUCGACGACUACGUCCCGGUGGGUCGCCCUGGAAGGAACGACACCGAGGUCAACGUGCCAAUCUGCUGCCGUUCAGAGCAUUUCCCGAAUGUUAUUUGGCCAAGCCUCAUUGAGAAGGCUUACGCAAAGAUUCACACUCUGCGGCUCAGUCCAAGUGCAGUUUCGGAGGAAGACAUGGGAGGCUGGGAGGCAUUGAACGGCGGCGGAAAAGUCGAGGACGCCUUGGCAGAUCUCACCGGAGGUGUGGCAGGGCGAUUUUACACCGAGGAUGUUUCGCCGGAUCGGCUCUUUAUCUACAUCCACGACCUGCAGCGGGACACCCUUUUCGUCUGCCGGCCGAACACUACGAACUGCGAGAUGCAGGGCGUGAGGCUGAAUCCGUACUACCCCUAUGCAGUGAACCGAGCAGUGCACUGGGAAGGUGGGUUGUACCUACAGCUCUUCUGUGGCGGUCCAGGUGUGUAUGACGGUGGCCUGCAAGACAUCACGGUGCCGUAUACGCUCUCGCGGAAUGAGAAGUUUCCCGAGCGCCGAGAGGAUGGUUUCUUUUGGCUCAAUGCCGAAGACUUCCACGAGUACUUCGGGACCAUAUUCGAGUGCCGGCUGGUCAACAGUGGCGACGUUUCCUUGCCAGAGAUGCCGCCCCCGCGCUUUGAAACGGCCACCGCCGUCCGACAUGUCCCUGAUGGCAGCCGGCAUGAUGGUGCCUUGGCAGCGCUCCUGGAAUGGGCGACAUGGGACUUGGAGGAGCUGCUGGGGAGUUUGCGCCGCAAUGACUCCAACAUAGUUCGUGAGUUUCGUUCCAAGGCCGCCAUGGACAAGCGAAUUGUGGGCUGCUUGGGAGGCCAGUUGGGCCGAAUGAUGGUCUACGCCGCCCAUCGCCUGGGAGUGAAGAUGUGCGUGCUCGAUCCACUGGGAGAGAACUCUCCUGCUGGACAGGUUGCUGAAAUGUCGGUGAAGGGUAGCUUCCAGGAAGCGGAGAAGGUCCGGGAACUAGCAAAAAAGUGCGACAUCUUGACCCUGGAGGUGGAGCACGUCAAUGCUGACGUGUUGGAGGAGCUCCACCAAGCAGGUGUUCCCGUCCAGCCACUUCCUUUCGUGGUCAAGCUGAUCCAGGACAAGUACGUUCAGAAGGUACACCUGCAAAAGCAUGGCGUGCCACUGCCUGACUUCGAGAAAGUUGAGACAGAAGCUGACUUGCACAGCAUCGGUGAACGCUUCGGUUACCCCAUGAUGCUGAAGAGUCGGUAUGGCGCUUACGACGGAAAGGGCAACGCCGUCGUGCCCAAUGCGCAAGGCAUUACAGCAGCCUUCGAAAAGCUUGGUGGCAAGGCAGGAAAGAAAUUGUACGUAGAGAAAUGGGCUCCCUUCAAGAUGGAGCUCGCGGUGAUGGUUGCCAGGGGCGUGGACGAGACCAUGAACGUCACCAUGCGUACCUACCCGGUGGUGCACACUGUGCAGCGUGACAGCGUUUGCUUCACUUGCCUCACACCGCCAGUGGGAGUGACCCAGAAGCAGCAAGAGCUUGCACAGAAGAUUGCCACCGAUGCCAUCAAGAGCUUCGGCGACGCUCGCGGCAUCUUCGGUGUAGAGAUGUUCCUGCUGGAAGAUGGCUCUGUGCUUCUGAACGAGAUUGCACCGCGACCUCACAACACUGGUCACUACACCAUGGAAGCCUGUGGCGUAGACCAGUUUGAGCAACACUUGCGCUGCGUGCUGGGCCUCCCACUGGGCGACUGCGAGCUCCGCGUAGGUGGCGCGAUGAUGGUGAACAUCCUUGGACAGGGUGAGACACCAGAAAUGGUGACCAAGACCAUGGCACCCCUCCGGCGGGCGCUGAACGUCCCGGAUGCCGGAAUCCACUGGUAUGGCAAGGAAGGCUGCGCCAAGGGACGAAAGAUGGGCCAUAUCACGGUGACUGGCUUCACCCCGGCCAGCGCACUGGAACAGAUCCGGCCCGUCCUCAAGGCCGUCGACGGUGACGAAGCUGCUGACAAGCACGAUGUUCCCACGAAGCCGUCACCCAGCGUUGGCAUCAUCAUGGGCAGUGACAGCGACCUUCCCACGAUGAAGGAUGCUGCCCAGAUUUUAGAUGACUUCGGUAUCCCAUAUGAGAUCAGCGUCGUCUCGGCGCAUCGCACACCAGAGUAUAUGUACGAGUAUGCCACGACUGCAGAAGCCCGCGGCAUCAAUGUCAUCAUUGCCGGAGCUGGUGGCGCUGCGCACCUUCCCGGCAUGGUCGCGGCGCUGACUCCGCUACCAGUGAUCGGUGUCCCGGUGAAGUCCUCCACUCUGAGCGGAAACGAUUCGCUCCUCUCAAUCGUGCAGAUGCCGAAAGGCAUUCCUGUGGCCACAGUUGCCAUUGGCAAUGCAGCAAAUGCUGGUCUAUUGGCCGUCCGCAUCCUUGGGGCAGCCAAUCCAGGCCAGAGGCAAAAGAUGACAAGAUAUAUGGCAGAGGAGGCGGCCGCUGUGGAGAAGAAGCGCAAAAGGUGCGUGGUCUGGCCGAAGAGCCUUCAGCUUGAACUGAAAGAACGUCUGGAAAUGGCGGAAGUUGUGGCAGACCUCGUGUGUGAAAUCGUCCGAGCAGAUCUUUUCCGUGCGAAGCACCCCGCGCGAGUGGAGGACCCAAACGGCAUGGAGAUCCGGCGGAAGGGCGUGCAACACGUAGGCGCCGAUGGCCAACCCCUGGCUUGGUACGAGUGGGUUUUCGCAAAUCCUGGCGAAAUAGUCCGCCAGAAUGAGCCCGAAUUUGUUGUCACUGUGCCACAGCAUGCAGUUCCCUGCGAGAUUGCAUGUUCCGUCGAGCAAUUUGACCCGCGCAUGCUGAUGAAGACACCGGGUCGACCAGAGGCAGUCCCGAUCUUGUGCAAAGUGUACGAAAAAGUCAACUCCGAGAACACUUACAGUGAUCAACUGAUAUGCCGCUCAAAUUGGAUUCCUGUAAGGGACGCCAUGUUGGCAUUUACUGUGACAAAGGGCGGCGAGUACCUGAUUGUAGCAGAGUUACCAAGUGGCACCAGCCACGUUGAGAGGAUGAUCUUCAGGUGUUACGCGUCGCAGCCCUAUGUCAUGGUUGCCGCGCACAAGAUGUCCAGGAAGCACAGGUUGGUUCAAACGCGAGCUUUGCCUGGUGCUUCGCGACUGUCCCUGGUUGGCUUGAUGCAACCCGAAGCAAUGGACAAAGAUCAACCUGUUCGCAUCGAUUGGGAGUACGACGCUAUGCGAAAGCCUGAAUUUGACCUGGAGACAGGAUGGAAUGCACUAGUGAAGGAGGUGCAUGAGGACUGCACAGUUAUGUGA